UGGGAAGGAGUCCGAGACGGAGGGACGAGGGACUCGCGCUCCGGAGUCCACCAGAUCAAGGCCCACGAGCUGAAGAGCAGAGCAGAGCAGAGUGUGCUGCUAUCCCGUCCCGUCCCGUCCCCGCUCCUCUUCGCUUCGCUUCCCUUCCUUUCCCUUGCCUUGCCUUUCUUCGCGUCACGAGAAAGUUGUGCAUCAGCAGCAGCAGCAGCAGCAGGCAGGGUCGGAAAAGGCAAAGCUGCUCUGCUCUUGUGUCGUUCGUCUGUCAGCAGCAGCUGCUUGCCUCCUCUCUCUCACUCGCUCACGCUGUUCGAGCUCGUCGAGGGAGGGGACGGGGAGCGAGAGAGAGAGAGAAACAGAGAGAGAGAGAGAAGGAGAGGGAGGGUGCGUUGCUGGAGCCAGCGGGGGCAGCACGGAGCAACGACUGAGGGGAGGGGAGGGGAGUGGGGUGGGUAAUGGUGCGGUGGGGUCUGGGGUUCGGGGUCUGGACGAAGGGAUGAUAGAUCGAUGAAAGGAAGACCUUAUCGAUGAUGCGAAACGCAAAUCCGAUCAGAGCUUCUGAGAAUUAGCCAAUUGCUCUUUGAAGACUGUAGUCACGUGGAGGAAGGCCGGAUUGACAGCAUCGAUCGGAGCCCAAAGUUGGUUUUAGCGGACCGGGCAAAGAGCAGAACAGAGCGGAGUUGAGCAGGGCACGGCACUAGAGCCGAUCUGCUGUGAUGUCGGCUUUAGAUCCGUUCUACCUUGUCAAGGAGGAAAUCCAAGAUUCGGUGAACAAGUUGCAAGCUGGCUUUUCUAGAUGGGAGCAGCUCCCUUCGAAUGCGAUCCAAGAAUAUCUCGACUUGAGCAAAGAGCUCACCUCGGGAUGUGAGAGUAUAGAGUGGCAGGUGGACGAGCUUGAUCGAGCCAUUGCUGUAGCAGAAAGAGACCCUGCCAGAUUCAGCAUCGAUGUGGCAGAGAUAGAAAGGAGGAAGAAAUGGACGUCGUCCACCCACAGUCAGAUUACUACAAUAAGGAAAGCUCUUCAAAAUGCUGCCGACAAGUCAACACCAACAAGGGGUGGACACGCAGGUAACAGUCGCAGGGAACUCUUGCGACUACCUGAGGACCAUGCCGCGAAGUCUGGUCGAACUCCGGCUCGGGAAAAUGAUAGUUUCAGCUACGAGUCUGAUCGACAAGCUUUGAUUAUAAAAGAGCAAGAUGAUGAUAUCGAAGAAAUGAGUGUGAGUAUCGGCAUAAUUGGAGAAGUUGGACGCACUAUUCAUGAUGAGUUGAUUGGACAGGAUAGGAUUAUUGAAGAUCUAAAUUCGGACAUGGAUCGCACUGCUACUAGACUUGACCUGGUCCAGAAAAAAUUAUCAGCAGUUAUGAAGAAAGCCGGAUGGAAGGGCCAAGUAUGUACUAUCUUGGCAUUGAUUGGCUUAUUAGUUAUUUUGACCUAUCUUGUUUUCAAUGCCUAGAAUGGCUCUGUGUUCCACAUUGGACGUCAGCCUUUGUUUCCAUACGAAUAGGGAAGAGACAAGCGAAAUAGUGUGACAAGUUUACGCGUCACUGUUGUUGCCAUUGAUGACAUGAGUUUGCCACCUUUUCCCUCUCAAUAGAACUGUUGUCUGAGACCUUGUUUCAUAGGUUCAACAAUUUUCAUCCGACAGACUCAUUUCGUCAUUGUCUGCUUGCAACUAGUAACUGAUCAGAGGUGGGUUCAGCUGGAUAGCAUCGUGAUUUUAAAGUUUCUGCCCUGAUCUAGAGGAAUCUGUGGAUGCCUAUCACUUGCAAAGAUCGAUGAAACUGUUGUGAAGUACAUUUUGAAUUUUCUCCAACUUCAUCGCGUUGUGAGAAGAUAAGCUGGUCGCAUUAUCGUCCAGAGGCGCUGUUUGACAGUACUUCAUCUUCAUAAGAAUUCUCGAUGCCAUAAAUUUUGCACUGGGGAGUGUCCUGUAUUUUAUUUAAAAUUGUAUUUCC